AGGGGACCUCGGACGACGUGUGUUGGAAAUGUUGUUGGGGAUAGUGUAGUCGUGGCACAUCACCCCGUAGGUCCUGCAAGCUGCCGGUAGAAGUAUCGUAUGUUUUCAUCAACCACGAACAGAAGGCACGUUGAUCCUGGGUUCAGAUCCCCUGAAUCUCGUGCGUUCUUACCCAUCGUGGGAGGGCUAUUACAGUAAUCUCUGACGGUCAGAAGUCAGAACAAGUUACUAGACUUGGAAGCCUUGACGACGAAGAUCUACGAUCUGCGUAAUAGAUAGAAGCCUGUGGAUGCGCCCUUUUUUUCUCGCGUUGGACAUUAUUGUAUACUGUCUGUAGUUUGGCGGCAAACAGAACAUUAUCCAUCGAAUAAUUUACAACGUUAGAAAAUUCUAAAGAUUGAUCGUGAUUGAAGAUAGUAAGAACGCUUUUAUUAGAUUUUCAUACGAUACUAUUACUACCUCCUUGGAACAACGAAGUUCGAAGUUCAGUGAUUUAGGUUACGAGGUUUUUUUUGUUUCAUCGAUCGUAAAAAGCGAACACGUCGGAGAAGAUGGCAACGACACUGCUCAAGCACCCUGCAAAUUUACGUCUUUUGCGAGUGAGACAUAACCUUCAGGAGGCCCUGCCACAAGCCACGGCAUACGAAGCUAGCCGGUUGCUCGUCAGCCUCGCUUCGACAACAAGGUCCUCUGCGAGUUCCUCAGCAAGCACAGACAAUUCUUCCGCUACUGCUACAUCAGACCCCGAUACCGGACCUCAUGCAGCUUCCUCGAAAACAAUAUCCCCUGUAGCCUCAGCUGCCAGUUCUGCAGCAGUAGGACCACCUAAUGUUUCACCAGCAAGCAAAAUACUGGCGACUAUCAUUGAAACGGCGAAGCAGCGCUCUCGUGAGCAACUAGCAAAAAUGUGUAUCUCAGGUUCGGCAGACUUUGCUCAAACCUUGGAAUCGAAGCUAGAUAACCUUACUCGCACGAUGUGUGAGCAGCGUUCCCAAAUUUUUUCUUCUGGGAGUUGCGCUGAUGUUGACGAUCAUGAAGAGAGCCCCGCUGAUGCGGGGAUAGAUGGAAAAAUGAGUGCAGGAGCAACGGACAAUCUAGUUCACAAAAAAAAUAUGGAUGAUGAGGAUGAAUCGAAGAAGAAGAAGAACGCAGCUAGUCGUGCAGUGGAGAAAACCGAAGUCGAUACUCUCAGUCGAAAAGAAGCGCGAGAGUGUCUACUCUUGAACGUUCGUUAUGUCAACAGGGGAAUACGAAUAUUAUUGAUACGUGAUCAUGGAGGUGCCAUCUUUAUUUUAGCUUGUGUAGUCGUGGCUAAAUCUAUAUCUAAUGGAUCGACGUAGUUGCUUGGAACGCCUGGAAGACGAAGCUCCACUUGCAACGAUUAGCAAAACUUGGCGUCCCUCCCGAAGAUUGGCCUUACUUCUUCAGCGAAGCUCAUUUUACCUUAUGGCCCGUCAUGGAGUAGUAUAUUACAUAGAUUGUCCACGCGUGAUUACUUCUUUUGAUUUCGGGACUGAUUCAUUUGUCUAUGUCUACCUUUAUUCUUUUUAGCAUCACGACGAUCAUGCUGAUAGAUUUUCAAUGACAUUCAUCCUCAUGUGGAUCACUUCAAAUUCUUCGUGGGCCUCAAAAAGCUCGAUGUCGAUCUCCAUCUAAGCUUCGAAGCGCAAGCACUUGCCCAUCAGGUCGAACUGCAGCGAACAACAAAGCCACCUGGUCCUCCCGCUCCGACGCCACCCACAUAA